AUGUCCGACCGUAAAGUGAAAGUGAGGGAGAUUGCUGACAUUCUAAAGAUAUUAGCAGGCAGUGUGCACACCAUAAUAUACGAACAUUUGGGUAUGAAAAUGGUGUUUUCCAAAUGGGUGCCGCGUUUGCUCACACCGGAGCAAAAACAACAACGAAUCGAUGAUUCAAAGAGCUGUUUGGACAUGUUUACGCGCAAUAAGUCGGAGUUUUUGCAUCGGUACAUCACAACGGAUGAAACGUGGAUCGACCAUUUCACUCCAGAGUCAAAUCGGCAGUCUGCUGAGUGGCAUGCAGCCGGUGAAAGCCGCCCAAAGCGACCAAAGACGCAGCAGUCGGCUGGCAAGAUUAUGGCGUCUGUAUUUUGGGAUGCGCAUGGAAUAAUAUUCAUCGACUAUCUCCAGAAGGGGCAGACCAUCAACAGCGACUAUUAUAUAGCGUUAUUGGAUCGUUUGAAAGACGAAAUCGCAAAGAAACGGCCUCAUAUGGCGAGUCACAAAUCAAAGAAAACGAUGGCAAAAGUGGACGAAUUGGGCUUCGAAUUGCUUCCCCAUCCACCGUAUUCUCCAGAUUUGGCCCCCAGCGACUACUGGCUCUUCGCAGACCUCAAAAAGAUGCUCCGUGGUAAGAGAUUUGGCUCAAAUGAUGAAGUAAUCGCCGAAACUGAGGCUUAUUUUGAAGGCAAAGAAAAAUCGUUUUACAAAGGCGGUAUCGAAAGAUUGGAAAAGCGUUGGAAUGAUUUUCGUCUUAUGGUUAUAUAG